ACCGGAAUGAAAUCAUUGGUUCUUUCCGCAUGUCUGCUGAUGUAACGAUAUGCCGGUUGCAAAGGGGAAACUGGCUUUUCCUACGAAACUCGGGCGUAUGCAUUGCUAAGGCAGUCCACAUUGGAUACACGAACCUUCAUGCUGUCUUAUAAACUCUACAGCAUACGAUUCAACGUUGGAUAAUCAAAGUGUAACUGAGGGACUUAGCUAGCUAGGCAAAUAGUGUUAAAAUAGAUAAUGGGCGAGGAAAUGAACGAGAACAUGAUCAACACAAAUGGUGCUGCUAACAGCAUGGGGGAUGUGAAUCACACCGCAGAAAAGACAACAGAGAGCGAUGUGAAAUACUACACAUUGGAAGAAAUAAAAGCUCAAAAUAUGAGCAAGGACACAUGGCUUAUCAUCCACGAUAAAGUGUAUAACAUCACCAGUUUCUUGGCGGAGCAUCCAGGAGGAGAGGAGGUUCUGGUGGAGCAGGCAGGUGCAGAUGCCACAGAGAGCUUCGAGGAUGUUGGUCACUCUACAGAUGCCAGAGAGUUGCUUAUCCAGUACUACAUUGGGGAGCUCCAUAUGGAUGACCGGAAGAAGGACGGCACAAAGGAAGAAUUCAUUACAACAGGAGAUGGCUCCAGCUCGUGGACCACAUGGUUGAUACCUGCCAUAGCUGCAGUUGUUGUGGGUAUCAUGUAUCGAUACUACAUGCUGGAGCGCAAGUCUUCCUGAGCCCUGACGCUGUCGUCGCUUCUCAUUCUUUCUGUCUGGAGGCCUUGAUAUGUUUGACCAAACCCCCCUUGCAUUGAACGUACACAACUUUUCAGAGGUGUCCCACUCAACUCAUACAGUGCCCUCACCUUGAAGGAAAGGGAGGGAAAGGAUAAAACAAUCCCCUUGCCCCUCUGCUUUCUUUUCUAGACCUCACCCAACAGGCUGUGGGGUGAGAUGCAUCUGGAAACUUUCUCCCCUUAGUCUCUAAAUUGUUUUCUAAUCUAUUCAUAUUAUUUACGCACUCUGCCUUUUGAUACUUAUUGUGUGGUGUCUUUUUAAGUUAGUUAUUCAUAUGCAAGUGAUCUCAACUGUAAUGUAUAUCUGCAAACUCUUGUCGCUAUCUGCUUUGUGGGACUGUGUGGUGUCUUUUUAAGUUAGUUAUUCAUAUGCAAGUGAUCUCAACUGUAAUGUAUAUCUGCAAACUCUUGUCGCUAUCUGCUUUGUGGGACUUGUACAGUGAGCUCCAAAAGUAUUGGGACAGUGAUUUUUGUUGUUGUUUUGGCUCUACUCCAGCACUUUAGAUUUUAAAUGAUACAAUGAGUAUGUGGUUAAGGUGCAGACUGUCAGGGUGUUUUCAUCCAUAUCGGGUGAACUGUUUAGAAAUUAAAACACUUUUUGUACAUAGUCCCCCCAUUUUAGGAGACCAAAUGGGACAAAUUCACUUGUGUAUUAAAGUUGUAGAAAGUGAAGUAUUUGGUCCCAUAUUCAUAGCACGCAAUGACUACAUUAAGGUUGUGAUUCUACAAAUUUGUUGGAUGCAUUUGUUUGUUUUGGUUGUGUAUCAGAUUAUUUUGUACCCAAUAGGGAUGAAUGGUAUAUAGUGUAUUAUUGUGCAAUUUCGGAGUCACUUUUAUUGUAAAUAAGAAUAUAAUACGUUUCUAAACACUUCUACAUUAAUGUGAAUGCUACCAUGAUUACGGAUAAUUCUCAUUGAAUCGUGAAUGAGUGAGAAAUACAUAUUUUACCCCCAAGACAUGCUAACCUCUCACCAUUAGAAUAACGGGAGGUUAGCAUUUUGGGGGGCGAUAUAUUUGUGCAUCUAACUUUCUCAUCAUUAUUCACAAUUCAUUCAGGAUUAUCCAUAGUCAUGAUAGCAUCCACAUUAAUGGAUGCUAUCAUGGGCACAAAAUAAUCUGAAACACAACCAAAACAAACAAAGCAAAGCAACAAAGCAAAUGCAUCCAACACAUUUGUCCCAAUACUUUUAGUCCCCUAAAAUGGGGGGAGACUAUGUAUAACAAACGUCUACACUUUAACCUCAUAGUCCUUAGCAUUUAAAAAAAAAAAGAAAAAUUGGGACUUUGCUGUCCCAAAACUUUUAGAGCUCUCUGUAUUUCUCUCUUGUUUGUUCAGACAUGUUUAGUGGCUAACCCCACCAUCUCUAUGCUAUAGGUCUAGGAAGUAUAAAUAUAUUUGUGUGUAGUAGAGCAUGGCAACCUAUGGGGUUAUGGGGUCAUAUCUAUAAGAAUGAAUGCUGUUUUCUUACACUGAGAAAUCUGAUUAGCAUGUUUUUUUAGUUUAGGUUAAGUUGCAUACUCCUCAUGAGUCUUAAUUCUCCUCAGACUGCUGCCCAGUAUUUCAUAUCUGGUGACUGAAUAACAUAGGAAAAGCUAUCGGUUUGCUUGAGAAUAGAUUGUCAUGCAAUUUGUCAUUUCAAACUUUAAAAAGUAUAAUUGAUUUGAACCAAUGACUUGAUUGAACAGUAUGCCUCAUAGUUAAAGUACAUCAUUUAUGUUCAGCCAUUAAUUGCGUUGCAUGCAUGCAUCGACUGAUUGAGUAGGCCUCGUUCUCGGAAUAUCUAUAUUUUGCCUUACAAAGGCUCCACGCCAUGUAUAUUCUCUUGAUGUGGUAUUGAUAAGUUAAAUUGAUAUUAUUUAAAAGUGAAAUGUACUUAUCCCCAACUCCCCCUUUUCUAGUUACUUUUAAGCAUUUAUUUAAGCAUUUAUUUUGGUGAUACUAUGCUUUAAAAAACAUUAAGUAUGAGAUCAUUGGUGUGUGUUAUAUAUAUUAUAACCUGGAUUAAUUCUAUUGCAUUACACACAUUGUGCAGGAUAUAUUUUUGUCUCUUCCUAUGCACAUCCAUUAGCAAUUAAAAAAUACUGCCCUAUGUAGUGAGUGUUGUUGAAUUCUAAUGAUUGGACUAAAAUUGUACUCUUGAAGGCAUAAAACCCUUUUAUAUUCG